AUGAUCACUCAACACGAUUUGAUCUUUAAACAAAUGGAUAGACAAAGAGCAGAACUCUACCAACGAAUGCAAGAUAGAAUUCAAAGAGCCAAACAAUUAGGACAUAUUUGUAAAGAUCAAAUUAAUUAUCUUAAAUCUAAAAUCAUGGACUUGGAAGAGAGAAUUAACGAAGCAAAUAACGAACAUUUCAACAAGCAUGUUCUUCAAAUAGAUCCAAAAACAGCCAUCGAUUCUCUCUCUGCUAUUCUUUCCGAUGAUGAAGAUAUCACCGAAUUAAAUAGAAGUAAAAUCUCUGAUAAGAGUCUUAACAGUAGUUUAUUCAGCGACUCGAAACACAACCUUGAUGAAUGA